AAAACCAAGACUCUGAUGUGGGAAAAAGGUACAAAAAUGCAAUACAUAAACUGGGUUCAUAUUUAUUUUAUAGAGCACAAAGAAUUUGGCUUCAUCCUGACAUCAUUUAUAAUCUAACAAAUAUAGGGCGUGAUCAAAAAAAAUUACUUGAUCUUAUAAAAACAUUUCGAAACAAAGUAAUUGCUAAGAGAAUAGAGACCUAUCAUGAUCGAAAAAUGAACGCAGAUUUAUUAAACGGAAAAAAUGACGAUGAUAUAUUUCUAACUAAAAAGAAGAGAUUGGCGAUGUUAGACCUAUUAUUGGAAGCUGAAAAGGAAGGUCUAAUAGACCGCUCAGGCAUUCAUGAGGAAGUUGAUACAUUUAUUUUUGCGGGUUACGACACCACUGAAACAGCUCUACAAUAUGCUUUUAUGUUGUUAGCCAAUCAUAAAGACGUGCAGGAUAAAGUUGUGGAAGAAUAUGAUCAAGUAUUAAUGUCCUCUGACCGCGACCCAACAAUGGAUGAUUUGUCACAGAUGAAAUACUUAGAAGCCUGUAUUAAGGAAACAUUAAGACUCUUUCCACCUGUGCACUUUAUCAGUAGAAGAAGCGACGAGCCAGUUCAAUUCAAAAAGUAUUUGUGUCCUCCUGGAACUAAUUAUAUUAUUGUAAUACGCAUGUUACAUCAACGAGGCGAUCAAUUUGAAGAUCCUUUGGAAUUUAAACCGGAGCGAUUUCUGAAGCCGCCGACUUGGCAUCCAUUCUGUUACAUACCUUUUAGCGCAGGACCAAGGAAUUGUAUAGGUCAGAAGUUUGCUAUGUUAGAGAUGAAAAUUGCAAUAUUAGCAGUUUUACGUGAAUACCGCGUUUUGCCAGUCACUAGGCGAGAGGAUGUUACUAUUUAUAUGGAUAUGAUACUGCGGUCAAAGUAUCCUAUAUAUGUAAAAUUCGAAAAGAGACAUGCUUAUCGUCUACACUCAGCACUACACCAAAUCUUAUUGUCUUCUCCAUACAUGAAAGUUAAAAUGCUAACUUUUAUUUUACUAGUAAUUGUGAUUUUUUGUUUACUUCAUUAUGUAUUUUAUCACAAUACUUUUGCGAAAACAUUGCUGGCUAUUCCUGGACCUCCAAUUAAAUUUUUUGUCGGAAAUUCUCUGGAUGUCUUAGUUUCACCAGUUGAAUUAUUUGCAUUGUCAUACAAGUGGAUUGCGAAAUAUAAAGGCAUACAUCGGUUCUGCGCAUAUUUUUAUGGUUCUGUAAUGAUCUACAAUGCAGAUGACGUCGAGGUAAUAGUUUCAAGUAUGAAAUAUCACGAGAAAAGUAGUGUAUAUAAAUUUUUGCAACCUUGGCUCCACGAAGGACUUUUAUUGAGUAAUGGUUUAAAGUGGCAACAUAGGAGGAAAAUACUAACACCAGCCUUUCAUUUUAAUGUUUUACAAAAGUAUUAUCCAGCAUUAGAAGAAAAUAGUGUACGUCUAAUAAAAGUUCUGGAAAAGACAAACGGAGAAGCUAUUGACAUUGUUCCUAUUAUAUCAGAAUACACCCUGAACACUAUAUGUGAAACUGCAAUGGGAACAAGAUUGGAUAACGAUAUAACUAGUGCAGGAAAAUCGUAUAAAAACGCUAUUUAUGCACUAGGACCACUAAUAGUAAAAAGGUUUAGAAAUAUAUUGCUGCAUCCUGAUUUCAUUUUUAAUCUAACAACAAUAGGAAGAAAACAAAAAAACUGUUUGGGGAUUAUUCGUAAAUUUACUAAAAAUAUUAUCAAGGAAAGGAAAAUGAAUGUUAUAAAUAAAAGAACGGUUGAAACUGAUAAUGCUUUCGAUAUGAAAUCGAAUAAGCAAGAUUACUAUGUCAGCAAUACGAGUACAAAAAGAAAGAACGCUAUGUUAGAUCUGUUGAUUUCGGAUGAACGAGACGGAAUUAUUGAUGACGCUGGCAUUCAAGAAGAAGUGGAUACAUUUAUGUUUGAGGGACACGACACAACAGCGGCUGGAUUAAAUUAUUGCUUGAUGUCAUUAGCGUACGAAAAAGAAAUUCAGGCCAAAGUUGUGGAAGAACUGAUCAGUAUAUUUGGAGAGGAUACUCGACCAGCCACCAUGGACGAUCUGAGCAAAAUGCGUUAUCUAGAACGUUGCAUCAAAGAGUCCCUUCGGCUUUAUCCGCCGGUGCCGUUUAUAAGUCGAAAAAUACCAACUGAAACAAUUUUAAGUGGUUAUAAAGUGCCAGCUGGAACAAGUUGUCAUAUACAUAUUUUUCAUUUACAUCGGCAGGAGGAUUUGUUUGAUAAUGCUCUUAAAUUUGACCCUGAUCGCUUCCUUCCCGAAAAUAGUGUAGGGCGACACAAUUACGCUUACAUACCAUUCAGUGCUGGCCCUCGAAACUGUAUAGGUCAAAAAUUCGCUAUGAUGGAGCUGAAAUCGGCGGUUUCAACUAUUUUGAGAAAUUUCAAAUUAAUUCCAGUGACCAAACCCACUGAUCUUCAAUUCGUGUCGGAUUUAGUAUUGAGAAAUUCUGGACCCAUUUACGUGAAAUUUGUAAAAAGAAACUAAUAAGCUUUUCAAAACUUAAAAAUGGACUUUAUAGUAAUUUAUAUACACUAAGCCUAACUGAAAUUGUUUAAAGCAUACGUUAUCAAAAAUAUUUUACAGUAUUAACGAGGUGUUAAUUAAAUGCGUUCGGGGAAUUGUCAAGAGCGGAAUUUUAAAACUUUAUAAGUUAUGUAUUUAUUAAAUCAAAUUCUGUUCUCGUGUUUUUAA